UUCACCAGCUGCUCCUUUCUCCAUCUCACCAUCUUUCUCCAGCUCCAUGAGGUCCUGCAGGCCCCUGAGUUUUACAUCGCUCCCCAUGUUAUUGAUGGUGCUGCUCAGUCCCACAGCCCAGGGCAGGGCCACUCCAGAGAACUACGUGUGGCAGAGACGAUUUGAAUGCUACGCCUUGAACGGGACGCAGCGCCUGGUGGACAGAUACGUCUACAACAGGGAGGAGUACGUGCGCUUCGACAGCGCGGUCGGGGAGUUCCGCGCCAUCACCGAGCUCGGCCGGCCAAGCGCUGAGAGAUGGAACAAGCAACACCUGGAGGAGUGGCGGGCCCAGGUGGACACCGUGUGCAGAUACAACUACGAGUUAGACGAGGGUUUCACCCUGAAGCGCCGAGUCCAGCCCAAAGUGAACGUCUCCCCCUCCAAGAAGGGGUCCUCGCAGCACCAACACCUGCUCGUCUGCCACGUGACAGAUUUCUACCCAGGAGACCUUCAAGUCCGGUGGUUCCUGAACGGACAGGAGGAAACCGACGGGGUCGUGUCCACCAACCUGAUCCGGAAUGGGGACUGGACCUUCCAGAUCCUGGUGAUGCUGGAGAUGAACCCUCGUGCGGGGGACGUGUACACCUGCCACGUGGAGCACCCCAGCCUGGACAGCCCCAUCAUGGUGGACUGGAAGGCACAGUCUGACUUGGCCCGGAGCAAGAUGCUCACUGGAGUCGGGGGCUUGGUGCUGGGGCUCGUCUUCCUCGCAGUGGGUGUCUUCAUGCACAGGAAGAGCAAGAAAGUUCAGCGAGGAUCCCGGUAACCAGGGUUCCUGACCUGACCUGGAGGCUGCGCCCUGGACCCAGUUUUGUUCUGUUCUUUCAUGGCCAAGGCCAAGGCCGCUACUGCUGCUGGGU